AAAUUGUUCAUGAACAUAUUUAAUGAAGAACAUUUAGUACGUGAACGUACAUUGCUUACCAAUGUGGACGAGGGAAGAUCCUGUGACGAUGAUGAGCAGUAA